ACACAAACCUUUCUGCUUCAUUUCACCUUAAUUUAGUCUUGUUUAGUUCACGUUUAAACUCAGACUGCUGUUCUCUGGAAAUACCAACAUCUCAGAGUUCUACUGUAGAACGUUCUAGUUUUGGAUCAGCAGAAAUGGGUGGUGGAGCGUGGCGGCUCUGCACUCUGCUGUUACUCCUCCCGUUUGUCUCUGCAGAGAAGAAAAUGAUCAUCACAGCUGAUCCUGGACAGGACGUCACUCUGACAUGUCGCGCUCCCAACAACAACAUCAUGAUUGUAGAGUGGAGCAGAGCUGACCUGAGACAUGAACAUGUCUUUGUGUAUCGGGGUGGUCAGUUUGUUCCAGAGGAGCAGCAUCCAUCCUUCAAGAACCGGGUGGAUCUGCAGGACAGACAGAUGAAGGAUGGAGACGUGUCUGUGAUCCUGAAGAACGUGACUGCUGCAGAUAGUGGAACAUACGAGUGUCGUGUCCAGAGGGAUGGGUACAGUAGCAUGCAGCUCAUGGACAUCAUCACCCUGAGUGUUGCUCCUCCUCCAGGUCCAGGACCAGGAACCACAGAGGGUGGAGUCAGCAGAGGACGUCCUGGACUGAUAGCGAGUCACUUUUUGUGCUUCUUGUUGUUGGCUUUGUGAUCUCCAGAAAUCCCAACCACCAGUCUCCUGCUGAUCUGCC